CGACGUGUAUAUAAGUGUCCAGGGACCUGUUCUCUACAUCAGAUUUUCUCACACCAGACAACUUGCAGUCCACGUGAGAUCCACAUCUACCUACAACAAUCAUGAGGGAAUGUAUCUCCAUCCACGUCGGCCAGGCCGGAGUCCAGAUGGGCAAUGCAUGCUGGGAGUUGUACUGUCUGGAGCACGGCAUCCAGCCCGACGGUCAGAUGCCCUCAGACAAGACAAUCGGGGGUGGGGACGACUCCUUCAACACCUUCUUCAGCGAGACCGGGGCUGGGAAACACGUCCCGAGAGCCAUCUUUGUUGACCUCGAACCAACUGUUGUUGAUGAGGUUCGUACCGGCACCUACCGACAACUGUUCCACCCAGAGCAGCUCAUCACCGGCAAGGAGGACGCCGCCAACAACUACGCCCGUGGCCACUACACCGUCGGAAAAGAGAUCGUCGACCUCGUCCUUGACCGCACCAGGAAGUUGGCAGACCAGUGCACUGGACUCCAGGGCUUCCUCAUCUUCCACAGCUUCGGUGGUGGCACUGGAUCCGGAUUCACCUCUCUCUUGAUGGAGAGACUGUCUGUUGACUACGGCAAGAAGUCCAAGUUGGAGUUCGCUGUCUACCCCGCUCCCCAGAUCUCUACUGCCGUAGUGGAGCCCUACAACUCCAUCCUCACAACCCACACCACCCUGGAACAUUCCGACUGUGCCUUCAUGGUCGACAACGAGGCAAUCUACGACAUCUGCAGACGUAACCUCGAUAUCGAACGUCCUACCUACACUAACCUCAACCGUCUCAUUGGUCAGAUUGUCAGCUCCAUCACUGCCUCUCUCCGUUUUGAUGGUGCCCUGAACGUGGAUCUGACAGAGUUCCAGACCAACCUGGUGCCCUACCCACGUAUCCACUUCCCUCUGGCUACCUAUGCUCCUGUCAUCUCCGCCGAGAAGGCCUACCACGAGCAGCUGUCUGUGGCCGAGAUCACUAACGCUUGCUUUGAGCCCGCCAACCAGAUGGUCAAAUGUGAUCCCCGUCACGGCAAGUACAUGGCCUGUUGCAUGUUGUACCGUGGUGAUGUCGUCCCUAAGGACGUCAACGCCGCCAUCGCCACCAUCAAGACCAAGAGAACCAUCCAGUUUGUCGACUGGUGUCCCACUGGCUUCAAAGUUGGUAUCAACUACCAGCCACCAACUGUUGUCCCCGGCGGUGACUUGGCCAAGGUCCAGAGAGCUGUCUGUAUGUUAAGCAACACCACGGCCAUAGCCGAGGCCUGGGCUCGUCUUGACCACAAGUUCGAUCUGAUGUACGCCAAGCGUGCCUUCGUCCACUGGUACGUGGGUGAGGGUAUGGAGGAGGGAGAGUUCUCCGAGGCCCGUGAGGACUUGGCCGCCCUGGAGAAGGACUACGAGGAGGUUGGAGUCGACUCUGUUGAGGGCGAGGGAGAGGAAGAGGGAGAGGAGUAUUAGUGCUACCCCAGUUGACACUGAAAUGUUCCCCGAAUGGAACGACCGAAUAAAAAAGCUCAGAAACAAAUGUUUUGUUUUUGUUUUUGCAUCAUAUUGUAUUUACUUGCUUUCUUGAGUAUUCGAAGACCACAAGGAAAAUAAAGGAUUUUCGUUAUUUUGAAGAAGGCUGAAAGAGA